AAGAUCAUGCCACAUGUAGACAUGCUGUUUAGCCAACUGCAGAAGAGGAACAUCGACUCUGUCUACAUCACAGGACUCAUCAAGAGGUUCACCAGCAGCAUACAAACAAUCAGGGACUCCAUUCCUUCUGGUGAAAGCAGUGGAUCUCAGCAGCUGCCCACAAAGAAACGGAGGGGACUUGGACAUGAAGAGCAACAGCUGUUGGCUAGAGAGGUAUGUGAUACCAUACUGAGUCACGCAAAGGAGAGAUUUUCCUUCACCAAACACCUCAUCAGCUCCACCCUCCUGCAAGGAGACCUGUUCCAGCAGCACAGCCGAACAUUCCCUGAAGCAGCGCUGGAAACAACUGUGGAGGCCUACCCUCUACUGGACAAGGCAAAGCUCAAGACGGAACUGUCCCUCGUCUAUGACAAUGACCAGUUCAGGGCUUGCAGUGGUGCUGUUACUCUGCUCCAGUUCUUCCUUGACAAUAAUCUGCAGGAGACAUUUACAGAGACUGUCAGUCUUCUGAAGGUUCUUGUAACCACACCCAUGGCUACGGCUGAGGCAGAGAGGUGCUUUUCCACUCUGAAAAGGAUAAAGACUUUCUUGAGGAACAGCAUGACACAGGAUCGCCUGAAUGCUCUGGCUAUGCUGUCAAUUGAGAAAAAACUCAUUAGGAGCAUUCCUGACUUCAACACCAGAGUCAUUGAGAGGUUUGCCACUCAGAAGGAGAGAAGGGCAAAAUUCCUCUACAAAUAGACACACACACACACACA